AGGUCUUAUCUGAACACAUUGAAAGUGUUGAGAAGUAACAAGAUACGCAGUUAUGCGCGUGAUUUAUAUCGAUUUGAGACGUGGCGGUCAUCGGAUUAAUAACAGCCGAGCGUCGCUGGGUGGCGCUCACGACGGCGGCGAUCGACGACAGUCGAACUAAAUCGAACCAAGUCAAGCAUCGCACGACGGCCUACGACGAGUACUGGCACUACUGGCGCUACUAAACUAGCAGCAGUCGACGGUUGUCAAGCGGUGAGGUUGAUUGUAAUAAUUCGUGUGGCUUAUAAACCAUUACAAGAGUCGAGCCGUCGAGGAGACGUCUUACGCGACGAACAUUGCCGAAGGAAAUGCCUCGCGUACAAUGAUCGCAUCGCGACACAUGUAUGCAUCGAAUCGAGCUUGAGCGAGGUUAAGUGCAUUGCGCCUGAUAGCAGGGAAAAGCGAAUUCAGCGGACGGUAAAACGUAUUAACGCCAUGCACUGGGCUAGAGUAACGACUGCAACUGCAGGCACGGCCGCUCAUCAAAAUUUCAUAGGCGCAGCCAUAACACGUAACGUUCUUCGGCCCUUAUUAUUGCUGUUGACUUUGUCCAGCUUGUCGAGCCUGGUUGUCAGUGAAGAAAAUGGUCAUUGUAUAUGGUAUGGAGAGUGUUACACGGAUGCAUCUAUGCACAUAAAAAAUUGUAUUUAUGAUGGACCAGCAAAACCAUUAAAUUCUGAAGGACAGAAAUUGUUGGCUAAGCAUUGUCCACAUUUGUUAGUGGAUGAGGGCAAAGGAAUUAAUACUUGUUGUGAUACAAAGCAACUUACUACAUUAGACUCAAAUAUCCAGCUUGCGUCAAAUUUCCUAAAACGAUGUCCUAGUUGCUUAGAUAAUUUAGCAAAGCAUUUUUGUGAUUUCACAUGCGGUAUUAAUCAAAGCAAAUUUAUCAACAUUACGGAGAAAGACGUGGCAGAUGGUGUAGAAUAUGUUAACAAAAUAAAUAUAUAUAUAACGAACAAAUAUCUUGAUGGAACAUUUAACUCGUGCAAUAAGGUGUCAGUGCCGAGUACAGGGCAGUUAGCAUUGGAUCUAAUGUGUGGAGAAUGGGGAGCGAGUAGAUGUACUCCAUUGAAAUGGUUUCACUUUAUGGGUGAUGCGGAGAAUAAUAUUUUUGUACCUUUCCAAAUUACAUAUAUAAAUACUGAUAAUCCUGUCGGAUCAUUUACGCCAUUAGAUCCUCCAAUCACACCAUGCAACAAGGCAUUGAACAAAAACACACCAGCUUGCAGCUGUGUAGAUUGUGAACAAAGUUGUCCAACACCACCACCGAUGCCUCCAUUACCAACACCAUUUUCAAUAUUUGGUUAUGAUGGUUACGAAGUUAUAAUGACAAUUAUUUUUGUAUGUGGUUCCUGCCUUUUCCUUCUGUUAAUGAUGUGUUUCAGCCAUAGGAAACGUAUAGUUGCACGAGGAGAGGAGGUAGGAAGACAGGUGGGUAGACGGCUAGCUGCCGGAUUACACCACCCAGGAGAUGGUGCUCGUAUUGCCCUCGCCGCUGACCAAGAAGACAGUCCACUUCAAUCUAAGCGUUCUAGUGUUAUAUCCUCCGAUGAGUUACCAGCUGGCUUUGAUCAAGAACAGUCCACUUUCAUUGAGAAACUUGGAGCAGGUACUGACAAAUUUUUGCAAGAAUUUUUCUGCAAAUGGGGAACAGUUUGCGCUUCUCGACCUUGGUUAAUACUUUUCCUUGGCUUCCUACUGAUUGUUGGCUUGGGACAUGGAAUAAAAUACAUGAAAGUUACUACAGAUCCUGUGGAAUUGUGGGCAUCUCCGCAUUCUCGAUCGCGCAUUGAAAGGGAAUAUUUUGAUAAACAUUUUGAACCCUUUUAUCGAAAUGAACAAAUUAUUAUCACUUCUGUUGGCUUACCGAAUAUUGUACACAACACAUCCAACGGACCAAUUGUAUUUGGUCCCGUGUUUAAUGAUACUUUUCUAAAAACAGUCUUUGAAUUGCAAGAAGGUAUUAAAAGUAUAGUUACUCCUAACAACUACACGUUAGCGAACAUAUGUUUCGCUCCUUUAACUGGACCAUUUACCGGUCCAACAACAGUCUCGCAUUGUACUAUUCAAAGUAUUUGGGGUUACUGGCAAGACGAUUUAAAAAAGUUUGAAAAUUCAGAAGAAGAAGGGAAUUAUACAGUGAACUAUUUGGAUCAUUUUAGAGUUUGCUCACAAAAUGCAUAUAAUCCUGAAUGCCUCGCACUUUACGGCGGCCCGGUUGAGCCAGCAAUUGCAGUGGGUGGAUUUUCGUCUCCGGGACAAGAUCUUCAUAACCCAUCAUAUGAAAAGGCAACCGCCAUAAUCCUUACUCUUCUUGUAAACAAUUAUCACAACAAAGCCAGAUUAUUACCCGCUAUGGAAUGGGAAGAAAGCUUUAUUAACUUCAUGAAAAAUUGGACGGCAACAAAAAAACCGGCAUUUAUGGACAUAGCGUUCACGUCUGAGCGUUCUAUCGAAGACGAACUGAAUCGUGAAUCUCAAUCGGACAUUGUGACUAUUCUAGUAUCAUACAUUAUUAUGUUUGGAUAUAUUGCAGUGUCUCUUGGCCAAAUUAGAUCAUGUGCUCGUCUUUUGCACGAUUCUAAGAUUACUCUUGGACUUGGAGGUGUACUCAUAGUGCUAGCAUCUGUAAUUUGUUCAGUUGGAUUGUUCGGCUUUAUUGGUAUACCAGCUACACUGAUCAUUAUCGAGGUCAUUCCAUUCUUAGUAUUAGCAGUCGGAGUAGAUAAUAUCUUUAUUCUCGUUCAAACUCAUCAAAGGGAAGGUAGACGUCCAAAUGAAUCAAUCCCGGAACACAUUGGCCGUACGUUGGGUCAAGUUGGCCCUAGUAUGUUACUUACAAGUGUAUCGGAAAGCUGUUGUUUUUUCCUUGGUGGUCUUUCUGAUAUGCCUGCCGUGAAAGCGUUUGCUCUUUAUGCCGGAAUGGCAUUAUUAGUGGACUUCAUAUUACAAAUUACAUGUUUCGUCAGUCUUUUAGCACUUGAUACGAUUCGACAUGCAAAUAACAGGUUAGAUGUAUGCUGCUUUAUUCGUUCUAAGCGUGAUGAUGGAGAAGAAGUAGUAGAUGGAAUGUUGUAUAAAAUUUUCAAAGUCGCAUACGUCCCGCUGUUACUACAAAAAUGGGUUCGCGCGAUCGUAAUGAUUGUAUUUUUCGGUUGGCUCUGUAGCAGUAUUGCCGUAAUACCACAUAUUGAAAUCGGCCUUGAUCAAGAACUUUCUAUGCCCGAAGAUAGUUUUGUCCUUAAAUAUUUCAAAUUUUUAAAUAAUUACUUAUCUAUCGGGCCGCCAAUGUAUUUCGUCGUCAAAGAUGGCCUAAAUUAUUCAAAUACGAAAAUGCAAAACUUAGUGUGUGGUGGACAAUAUUGUAAUAGUGAUUCAGUAUUGACACAAAUAUUUACAGCAUCUAAACAACCAAAUAGAACUUAUAUAGCCAAGCCUGCUUCGUCUUGGAUGGAUGAUUAUAUCGAUUGGUCGGGAUUAUCCACUUGUUGUAAAUAUUUUCCUACGAACAAUUCAUUCUGUCCACAUACUGAUCGACUAUGUUCUACUUGCAAUAUUACUUUGAAUGAAUACAACAGACCAGUGCCCAUUGAUUUCAACAAAUAUGUAUCAUUCUUUCUGCAAGACAAUCCCGAUGAAACAUGUGCUAAAGGAGGUCACGCAGCUUAUGGACACGGUGUGAAUUAUAUUACUGAUCCUAAAACGGGAAUGUCAACAGUCGGUGCUUCAUAUUUCAUGGCUUAUCACACUAUCCUCAAGACUUCAGCCGAUUAUUUUGAAUCAAUGAGAGCAGCCAGAGUAGUAGCGGCGAACAUAACCAACAUGCUCAACUAUAACUUGAAGGGCAUAAUGAAAACACUACUUUUCUACGUAUUUUAUGAGCAGUAUCUAACUAUGUGGCCUGACACAUUGCAGAGUAUAGGAAUCUCAUUGCUAGCUAUAUUUGUGGUUACUUUCUUAUUAAUGGGUUUAGAUAUCUUCUCAUCACUUGUGGUUCUAAUUACAAUCACAAUGAUUGUCAUUAAUAUUGGUGGUCUGAUGUAUUGGUGGCACAUAACUUUGAAUGCUGUGUCUCUAGUAAAUCUUGUUAUGGCAGUUGGUAUAGCUGUCGAGUUUUGCAGUCAUCUAGUACAUUCCUUCUCCGUGUCAGUUCAAGCAACUAGAGUUGAAAGAGUCGCAGAUGCAUUGACAAAUAUGGGGAGUUCAGUAUUUAGUGGUAUCACACUAACAAAGUUUGGUGGUAUUAUAGUAUUGGGCUUUGCAAAGAGUCAAAUUUUCCAGGUGUUUUACUUCAGAAUGUAUUUGGGUAUUGUACUAUUUGGAGCAGCACAUGGUCUCAUCUUUUUGCCAGUACUGCUAAGUUAUAUAGGCGUGAUGUCGCGCCGAAGGCGUGGAAGAGCCCGCGAAUUCGCGAGCGGAAGCGAAACUAGGCGUCACAAACGUGACAAGCCGGAUUCUCCUCUACUCCAAAACAACCAACAACGCGCGUCCACUUCCUACGCCAGUGUGAAUUCCAUUGAUGUGACUGAUCACCAUGUAACGUUCUAACGAAGAAUUGAUCAUUGCCGAUUUAAUCGCAUGCAAUUUUUGUACUUAGAAGGACUGAAAUUAAUCUACUAAAUAAGUUAUCAAUAGAAUCUUGAACCGAGAGAAAUUCACAAGUUCAUCUCUCCUCCGAAAUACAGAAAGUUUAAUACGAAUUAUUUCUACAAAUUCUUCGAGACUGGUGAACAUGUCCAUCUACGUUCAUAUCUGGCAUUACAUUUUAGCGGUAAAUAAAUUUGUAUAAUUCUA